GUGCUGUUGGAUGCCUGCAAAGCCCGAGGGAAGGAGGUGAUCAUCAUCACCACCGACACCUCGCCCUCAGGUACCAAAACCACCCGGCAAUACCUCAACUCGCCCCCUUCGCCGGGCCUGGAGGAGAAACGCUCGCCGGCGCUCUGCAUGUCGCCCUCCGACAUCGAGUGCGUGCGGUGCGCGCGGGUGGGCAGCUUCGGGGCGCACUGGCAGGAGACGCUCUACAACAUGUUCACCUUCGCCUGCCUCUUCCUCCUGCCCCUCCUCGUCAUGGUGCUCUGCUACGGCCGCAUCCUCGCCGCCAUCUCGGGCCGGCUGAAGGACGCCCGCGCCUCCUCCCAGGGGAUCCAGCUCCGCCGCUCCUACAACAACAUCCCCCGGGCCAGGAUGCGCACGCUCAAGAUGUCCAUCGUCAUCGUCCUCACCUUCAUCCUCUGCUGGACGCCCUACUACCUCCUGGGCCUCUGGUACUGGUUCUCCCCCGAGAUGCUGACCCGGGAGAAGGUGCCGCCGUCUCUCAGCCACAUCCUCUUCCUCUUCGGCCUCUUCAACACGUGCCUGGAUCCGCUCAUCUACGGGCUCUUCACGGUGCGUUUCCGCAGGGAGAUGUGGCGCGCGUGCCGCUGCAGCCGCCGGCGGCAGGAGCAGGAGGUCGCCUCCGCCCUCACCGGUUCCUUCCGCGUCUCCACUGCCGCCGUGCCGGCCAGGAGAGCCGGCAGCGGCCCGGGGGGAUCCGGAAAGCACGAGAUGGAGGUGACGGCGGGCGCAGCUCUGCCGGGCCGGCGGUGCGAGCUGUGCCGCAGGACGGUGGAGAGCUUCAUGUGA